AUGUUUGGGAAGGAACUUGACCAAGAGCUCAAGGAACUCGUCAGCUCCUUGCAAGACCAAGGAAUUUUGGACGAGCAAUUUGAUCAAAUGAAAGCAGUUCAGAAUGAACAAAAUCCUUGCUUUGUUGUGAAUUUGAUCACCACAUUCCUUGGUGAUGCUGAAAAUAUUUUGGCACAACUCAGGACAUAUCUGAGUGCUGAGGAUCCUGAUGAAGUCAACUAUCCCCAAGUGGCAACUCUUGCCCUCACGCUCAAGGGAAGUAGCUCAAGUGUUGGUGGUUGCCGGAUGGCGUUAGCCUGUAGCCAGCUCCGAGAUGUAAGCGAUGUAAAUGACCAUGAAGGGUGCAUUAUUGUUCUUGACCUUGUUAACCAACAGUUUCUCGUCUUGCGGGAGAAUCUGAAUCACAUUGUUCAGAUGGAACGCGCAAUCCAUGAAAAUGAGGUCAUCAAAAGGCGCAAUAUGUAG